CGCUCUCAGCCAGAGGCGGUCUUCCCUCCGCCUCCUCCCACAACAAGCCCGUCCUCUCACCGGACGUCUGUCACCAACACGGCGCGGCUGUUCACCGCCAGAACUCCGUUACGCGGCGGACACCGGAGAGGGCAAAGGGCGGAAAAGCCGCUGAGAUUUGUGCUCUGCUAUCCAUCUUUUAUCCUGUUGAAAAUGCUUCAGGAGCAGAUGGAAGAAUAUGUGGAGGUGAGCCGGGAGAUUGUCAAGGUCAUGGUUUCUGACAACGCAGCAGCUGCUUUGAAGAAGAGCCUGGACUGGCAGGAGGCCAUGAUCAACUCACUUAUAGACACGGAAAUGCAGACUUCGGAUCUCUUUAGAGAUAUUCUGUCAGUAGAAGAAAAAGUUGCACACACCUUUCUCGAAACAGAAGAGACCAGGCAAAAAGUGUCAUCCAAACUUCAUAAGAUUGAGCGGGAGCUGCAGGAUGUCUGUGAGAAAAACACUUCAGUAGAAACCAACAUAAAAUUCCUCCAAAAGGAGAUAGAAGACUUGAAGCUCCUGGAAGAUGAAGUUGCAGAGGUAGAGCGAGAAGCUCAGGAAGACACCACUGUAGUCAUCCCCUCAGCCUUGUACAUGGCAAAAUUGUUCCAUUCUGUAACCAAGAUCGAUUGGGAUUACAACUGUGACUCAACACUCAUCAAGGGCAUCCACUACGGAGGAGAGAUUGCUCAACCCAUCUGCAUUGACAGCACCCAGCACUCAAAGAUUUUCAUCUGCGAUUACCUAUGGAGUCUUCUGUCCACUGAAUGGUGA